AUGGGUGAAGGCAAUGUUGCGGCAGAAGAUGGUCAGUUUAGUGUCGGAAUGGAAUUUAGUUCUAGAAAGUCAGUGAUAUCUGCAAUCAAAAUUUGCACUAUCUCUAAAGAAGUUGAUUACACUGUGUAUGAGUCUGAGCCGCAGACAUUCUAUGUAAAAUGCAAGGGUUAUGGUGCAGGGUGCGAUUGGCUUAUCCGAGCUAGUUUGAUUCGAAAGAAAGGUUGUUGGAAGAUCAGAAGAUACAGUGAAAAACACACGUGCACCAUGUGGACGAUUUCACAAGAUCAUGCCAAGUUGGACUCAGAUAAAAUUGCAGAUGCUAUUAUGUCGUUGGUUGAAGCAGACCCAACAAUAAAGGUGAAGUCUAUUAUUACAGAAGUUCAAUCCAGGUUCAACUACACUACUCUGCCAAUAUGGUUGAAAACAAUGACUGCGAAGAUGCCAAAGUCUCGUGUUCAAAUAAAAACACUCCCCGUCUAUCGUGAGAGUGAGGAAGUUCAAGGUGUUGAUGGUACACAACUGUACAGAAAAUAUAAAGGUGCACUUUUAAUUCUGGUGGCACAAUAUGGGAACCAAAAUAUUAUGCCUAUUGCAUUUUCGAUCGUCGAUGGUGAGACGGCACACGCGUGGGAGUUUUUCCUAACUAAUUUGCGGAGAUAUGUUGUUACCAUUGAUGGCGUGGGCAUUAUUUCUGACCGUCAUAACUCCAUCGACGCAUCAAUAGGUCACAGUAACUUGAACAACAACGACAACGACAACGACAACGACAACGACGACAACGACAACGACAACGACAACGACAACGACAACGACAACGACAACAACAACAACAACAAUAAUAACAACGAUAAAUAA